AUUUGACUAACAAGGCGGGUUAGAAUAUUAAAGUUAACGUAAAACGGGACAAGUUUUCGCUCCUAGAUUUUCUCAAAAUGUCUUCGCUGAUAAUUGGAUUAUAUUUUCUUCUUGGAGCAUUCGAUUUUUUAGGUGUAUCUGCUGAAAAAUGUCCUUAUUACGCCGGCAAUCUUAAUAUUGGAUACAAAACAUGUAUAUUUGGAUGCUGUUCAACAUUCACUAGUUCACCUUGUUGUAGCAUAUUUAGCAAUUCAGCUAAUAUAUACUAUGUUGUAGGAGGAUCUGUAGGUGGAUUUCUAUUUUUAACGUGUAUUAUUGCUUGUUGUUGUGCCAUUUGUAACAAACCAACUACAAGGGUACGCACAACUGCUCAGCCGCAACAGAAUAUAGCUUUAGUUACUAGUGCUGCUCAACAGUCUGGGCCUUCGUACGGUUACCCAUAUAAUGGACCUCCGCCGAACGCUGGGUACCCAUACGGGGGUUACCCUGGAGGUGGGUACAACCCCCAACCUCCACCUCCGACAUAUCCUCUACCAGGACAGGUUGGCGAUGCUCCUCCGAAAUACCAGUCUCAAGACGACACAAGAAGACUAUCUAAAUCAGAAACUGGCCAACAUCCACCACCAAACAUGCCACAAGAGAAAUGAUUUAUUUGAAUCUUUCUAUAAUCCGUCUUUAAUAAUUAGAUAUUUUUAUCAUUAUUUUUUGUCAUUCAAGUUGCUUCGUUAACUCCUCAUUCAAAAUUUCUUAGUUUUUGACCAAUUUGUAAUAACAAAAGAAUUAUUUAUUAGUAUUCGAAUCCGAAGAUAUAUGAAUAUGUCCAGUGUAUAUGUGUUUAUAAGUUAGUCAUUUCUUUAAAUGAAUUGAAAUAAAAUUAUGAUUAUUAAUUGAGGGAAGUAACAUAAUGAAGCUUUUAUUACGUAGACAUCUGGCGUUCAAAAUCAAUAUAUUAAAAUGAAUGUUGAACUUCAAUCGACGAUAAUAUCACUGCUUUUUGUUUGUAUUAAAGGGAUUGUAAAACUAUUACAAAAGCUGCUAAUAUGCUAAUAAUAUUUAAAGGCAUUUGCGAUAGAAUAUAAAACAAAACUUAGUUGUAUAGGAAUGACCACAGACGACUUAAACCUUAGCAAUUUCUUAAUUGACAGAACGUGCUGAUUGAAAUGUAGAUGUUGUAGCAUAACAUAAUUUUCUCAAAAUGUCAUAAAUAAAAUCGAGUGCUAAUCUGAAUACUUUACAGUUUAGAAACCUCCAUUGAAUACGUAUUGCAUCCAGAAGUCGAAUCAAUGGCAACUGGUUUAGCUGUCGCCAUACGUGAAUCUAUCUGGGUUGAACUAAUAACGCCACCCUCUGUUUAGCUUCGAGGCCGAUAUCGGUAUACCAAAGAUGAUAACUUAGACAUCUUCCAUCGAAAUAUCUUCAGACUGAACCUCUUAAUUAUUCUGCACAACCAUACCACGUUUUUUUCAACACUGUGUGCUUCAGAUUCAUUACCUUUUGUUAUAUUAAACCUUAAACUAUGUAUGUAUGUAUGGUGCUAUUAAGAUAUUUUUAAAUU